CUUCAUUCCCUCCCCUUGGUAAAAAGUCAUGAUCUUAGCAGCCCAGGGUGUCUACUGAAUCAUCCUCCCAUUGUGACAUCAGAUUGUCUUUAUAGGCCAGGGUUAGUGCCAUUUUCAGAGUUAGACAGAGUCUCGUGGUUUCCACAUCUAUUCCUGUAACUAUCUUUUUUUUUCUUCUCAAGAGUUUCUCUGUCUAUCUCUGACUGUCCUGGAACUCUGUAGACCAGGCUGGUCUUGAACUCAAGAGAUCCACCUGCCUCUGCCUCCUGAGUGCUGGAAUCAAAAGUGUGCGCCACCACUGCCUGGCUUUGUAACUGUGUGCCAGUGCAAGCGUGAUCAAAUGUGUGCACAAGCCACAGAUACAAGGUAUCAGAUCCCUUGGAGCUGGAGUUACAGGUAGUUGUGAGCCACCUAACAUGAGUACUGAGAGAACUCUAAAAGAACUGGAAGUAUUCUUAACCACCAUGCCAUCUCUCUAGUCCUAUUCCUGUAACUAUUUUUAAAUAAUGUCUAAAAGCUGGGAAGACUACUAAAGAGUCUAGGAAAGUGAGAAAGCUCAGUUGAUAGAAUCUGAUAUGGAAGCCAGAAUGGAGCUCUUUUGGGAAAACAGUCAACAGUCAACGUGAGGGAAUAAAAUCACCAAAGGCCAGCAAUCUCCUAUACAUUUUUAAACAUUACUAUUUAAUUUGCAAAAAUUAGAUGGAGCUUGGAAGAAAAUUAAACUGAAGCCCUAUCUCCAAAUAUGUACAAAAUCCAAUUUCAAAUGGAUUCAAAACAAAUUAUAAAGAUGUAUAAGUUAGACCUUGUACCAGAUCCCAAGGAGCUAGCAGCCAUUGAGGCUAGAAGAAAUCGUGAAAGGGAACGACAAUCCCGAUUCUUCAAUGUGCGGAACCGAGUCAUGGGGGUGGAUGCGGAAGCCCUCAACCACCAGCUGGAAGAACGAAAGCUUCGGGAGGCAGUGGAGCGAAACAAAAAUAUGGCUUAUGGUACCAAGAAUGCACACUAUGAUCUCGUAGCACAGAUGCUAGAGAAAGAAGAGGCAGAACGAGCAUGCCGGCUGUCCAAGAGAGUACAGGAUUUUCGGGAGCAAAGGCAGCAGCAAUUGAAGAAUGGACACGAAUACAACUUCUGGGAUCCAGACCAAUUCCAAGAAUUUCAGGUCCCUUAUUUUGAGAAUGAUGCAUACUAUGGCCCAGCCAGCAUGCAGUACUUCCUUGGAGAGGACCGGGAGAGGGCCUCACAACUGAGAAUGCAGCAGGAACAGUUGAGAUACAACCUGGACAGACAGGUACAGGAGCAACAGGCAGCCAGAGAUGAGGAAGCUCGAGCAGCUCUGCUCAGUGACCAACUGCGCCUAGCCGCGGACAAGCGGGCUGCUGAACUGGCUAGGCUGGAGGAAUCCUGUCGAGCAGCUUUGAGAACUGCUAUGGCCAAUGCCAACAAAGCCCAGGCAGCCAAGCAAGCCCUGCAGCAGCGCCGUGAACAGCAGCAGCAACAGGAGGCCAACCUUGCAGAGAUCAAGAAACAAAUCACCAGUGACCUGCUGGCCGAGAAUCCUCAAGCUGCCCAAAGACCCGGUGCUCCUCACCGGGUCCUGCCCUAUUGUUGGAAGGGCAUGACUGCAGAGCAGAGAGCUGCCAUCAGGAAAACCCAAGAAACCCAACGACAAGAAAAAAAGAAACAGCGCCAAUCCGAAAAGUUAGUGGAAGCUGAGUGGGGAAGCCAAAACAAAUGGUUGGCUGAAGCGGCACUGGAGCUGGAAGAACAGGAGAGGGAACUGUGUGCAGAAUUUCGAAGAGGACUGGGCUCCUUCAACAAGGAGCUAGCUAAGGAACAGCAUGCUCAGCAAAAUUACCUGAAUUCAGUCAUCUACACCAAUAAAGCUACUGCAGACUAUUACCUACAGUUCAACACCAGCAGCCGCUGAAUUCAGGAUGGUCACCUCCCUUCUCACAGAUGGCCAGGAUUCAAAAAAAAAAUACUGCAUACCCUCAUUUCUAAUCUCUACCCAGUAGGAGGGAACUAAGUCCAAACCUCCACUGUCUACUUUAGGUAAUAAAGUUGUUUGCUACAAUCAA